AAAGGCAGUCGCUCGUGAGUCGCAUUCGAGUGUUCGUCUCGUACGGUUCGCACCCUUAACGAACGGUUGCACGCGCACGCGGUGGUUCGCAUACAUACGGCGGGUUGUUCGUUGUGCUCAGCAGAAGCAGAAGCAGGUGCAGCAGAAGCAGCAGUGACAGUAAAGCGUGGCAACACACGCCCGUGUGAAGCUGUGUGAAGCAAAGUGGAACAGAACAUAUGCGAACGUAGAGCACACAGCGCUCAAACAGAGGCCCGACAAACGCGAGCGCACGGAUAAAUAUAGUCAACUUUUCGGUUCAAUUUGCUUUACGGUUCUGUUUUGUGUUUGUUUUUCUUUUUUGGCAAACUUGCCGGCCGCAUCGAUACCCGUUUGGAAAACUUACCAAACAAACAGCGUCGGCCGAGCAAAACGGGGGCGAGAAAAAUCGAAACCAUCAUACCGUGCAGCGAGACAUGAAGCGACAACCGGCCGGCGGUAUGGAUUGCGUCGCCGUCUUCGGCCGACACUGCACGAAAUGAGUCGGAAAUCAGAAAAUCCCCCCUCCCAUCGUUCCACCCUUCAUCUCAGCAGGGGCUCGCCUAUCCCAACCCAACAGUGUCCCUGCCCUUCCGCUAGAUAGAUUUUCCCCGUUUCAUCUUCCAAAAAUGUGCGCCAAUGUGUGGCACAAGAUGGUAAGACAUAAAUAGAUUGUCGAUUGUGUGAACCUUGCACAGCGAGUGGACAUCGGUGCGGUGCGAAAACUCGGGCCUCCUUCCCCCUCCCCCUAAAAAGACGGUCGUGUGUGUGUAUGUGUUUGUGUAGUGGUAGCAGAAAUCGAUGUCCAGCAGAAAGGAGCGGCUUGCAUCGAAUGGACGAAAAUAUUCACAUCACAGUCUAUGUGCGUUGUGAGGGUAGUGAUACUUGAACAAGAGGAAGCGAAAUAGAACGAAACGUGAAUAGAGCAAGAGAGAGAGAGAGAGAGAUAAAUUCAAAUCACACGUGAGUGUUGUAGAUUAGAAAGCGCGAAACGCGUGGUGAACCGAGGAAAUACUAGUGCGAUGAAGUAGAAGUGCAGUUUACGGUGCAAACGGUGCAACGUUUUUUCCCCGAUUGAGUUUCAUAACCAAACAAGAAAGCAAAAAAGCAGAAGUGUGAAAAGUGAUAGAAAACGUGUGUCGCAAGAUGGCGGUGAACGUACUGGACGAGGAUCACUUCGCGAUCAGCGCGAUCGUGACGGUUGUGAUGCAGAUCAUCUUCUUCCUGAUCGCUGCCAUCUUUCAGCUCGACAAGCUGACCGAUUUUGCCGGCGGCGUUAACUUUAUCAUCCUUGCCUUACUGACGUUCUUUCUCGGGCAGAUCGACCGUGCGCUGAAGCCCUACGACAGCCGGCAGCUAAUGGUGACGGUGUUCGUGUGCCUCUGGGGAGCCCGGCUUUCCGGCUAUCUGCUCUAUCGGAUCGUGAAAAUCGGACGCGACAAGCAGUUCGAGGACAAUCGGCGCAAUGUGAUCCGGUUCGCCGUCUUCUGGACCUUUCAGGCCGUCUGGGUGUUCGUCGUAUCGCUGCCAGUCAUUAUCAUUAACUCACCGAGACACUCGUACCCGAAAGCGCCCAAGACGAUGACGACGCUCGAUUCGGCCGGCACCGGCAUGUUCAUCACGGGCCUGCUGGCGGAAACGUACGCCGAUCUGCAGAAAUUUUCCUUCCGCCAGGACCCGAUCAAUCAGGGCAAGUUUUGCAACGAUGGCCUUUGGAGGAUGUCACGCCAUCCGAACUACUUCGGCGAGAUCGUUAUCUGGUGGGGCAUCUUCGUAAUUUCGCUGAACGUCAUCGAGGGCAUCGAAUGGGUCGCUAUCCUGUCGCCGAUCUUUACGACCCUUAUCAUCCUCUUCCUGUCCGGCAUCCCGGUCCGGGAGCGGUCGGCGGACGAGAAGUACCGGGACGAUCUGGAGUACCGCAAGUACAAGGCGUGCACGUCGCCUCUGAUACCGAUCCCGCCCGCAAUCUAUGCGGAGGUCCCGCGGGCACUUAAGUUCAUCCUGUGCUGCGAGUUCCCGCUGUACGAUUCGCUCGACAAGCGCCGCAAGGACGAGGGCCCGUUCGCGAUGACCACCUCCAUAUCGGUGGCGCACUCGCACUCGACCCACACCUAGCAAUCGGGUGGUAUGGCCGCAUCCGGACACUACUACCAUUCCUACGCCAGUGCGGGAGGAGCCAGCGGUGGUGGUGGUGGUGGGGGAGCAACCGGAGCAGGUGGUAGCACCAGCACUUCCAAGGAGCGCAACUCGAUAGGGCGCGUCGCCAGCUACUCCUCCAGCCAUCGCAGCGGCGGCAGUGGCGGUCGCAAUGAGCGCUCUUCGUCCUCGCAGCAGCAGCAAAACCAACACUACCACCGUACCGUGAGCAGCAACAGUGACUUCGAGGACUCGAUCGUCCCGGACCGUAUCACGUGCAUAUCCGGGGCGGCACAUCCGCAGCAGCAGCAGCACCAUCACUACCAUCACCAUCACCAUCAUACGCACCAGCAGCACCACUAUCAGCAGUACCACCAUCUGCCGCAGCAGCAUCUGGAGAAUCUGAUCGGCGACGGUAGCAACUACGCGUCCGGCUCGGCCCAGAUCACCACCAUUUUGUGAUCGUGCCGGGCUCGGGUAUCUUCGGCUUCGUCGGCUUGGCAUCGCUGGCAGCACUGCCUCACUGCCUGUGUAGUGGUGAUAGGAGUAAGCAACGGCGUCGCCUGCUGAGGUUAACGUUUGUACAUACACUUGUUUGCGUAUAUGAAUGGUGUGCGGGUCAAGCAGGCUUUGAAAAGGCACGUUCGCUUACUUUGCAUUGGUUUGGACGUCCUUGUUCCGUUCCACUUGUUUUAGGUAGGCUCGAGGAGCGAUUUAAAAAUGGCCGACGGCCUUGUUUUCUGGUGCUUUGCUGUUUUGGUGUUUUGCUGUUUACUGACGCGGUGUCCUAGUGAGAAGCUCCCGCGAAAGUGCGUUCCGGGUGAAGGAUACAAUUAUAGUUCCCAAAAUUCUCGCCAGUUCCUGUUUAGCCGACCGGAAAAUCAAGCUAAGUAGUGCUUUAGUCGUAGAUUGUGCACCGGUUUUUGGUAACCUCUGUUGCAGCAUUAUUUAAUCGCUCGAAGCAAUAUCUAUUGACGGGAAUAAAAUGGAAGAACCCGUCCUACCAAGGGUACUCUGUUCGUCUAGUACAAUGACAACAACAACAAGCUUGCUCAGUGAGCAUGAAAAAAAAACUUUCCCGUGAUACAGAAGUUUGCGAGCGAUUGUUAUUUCACUCCACGGUUUGCAGCUUCAAAGGAAAGGCUGUCCCGCGUUGCCUAGCUGCCGCGACUCCUUCCGGAGCGCUCGCAGAGAUCAAACUUUUUCCAAUCUCGGGUUGCACUGUACCGGGAAAAAAACCCCGAUGCCAGUGAACUAACGAACCGACCAUACACACACACACACACUACUCGAACGUUGAAAGUGUGAUCUUUAACCGCGUUUGAAGUUUGUCCUCCCGGGUGUGAUGCGCACUGCCAUUAGCCAGUUGCCUUGCGUGAAUAGAAACCUGAUUUCUUCGGUCGGUUGGUCGGUGCCACUUGGGCGGAUGAUGCUUUUGUUGCCGUUUGAAAGUCGUCGUAUCCAAUGUUUCCAUUCCCUUGCAUCGAAUCUUGUCUAUCAUUAAAUCCUGCCACCGUUUCGAUUGAACUUGUGUGAGUGGGUCUGUCUGUGUGUGUGUCACUUUUAUGUUCCCUUUUCAAAAACGAUCCUGAGGGGGAAAUACCCUUGUUAACGCUCUAUACUAUAAAACUAACGAGCAUUUUUUGGCGGAGCGAGUGCUCUUGAUCCUUUCGUAUCACUGUCCCAUUCCUUGACACACUAACGAGGGAAAAAGAACACACACAUAAACGUACAUACACGCAUACCUAACAGCCGCAUGUGAUUCUCAAGCGCCUAAGCCUUUCGUUGCCGGUAUGCGGAUGUGUUUAUCAGGGAAAAAAGUGCUCCGAAAGGUUGGAAAGACAAGACAUACAAAACUUGAAAUGCCGCACCCAACACGCUUACGGGCAACACGGAUCGAAAGCACCCGAAAACGCGCGUUAACAAAAUUAGUUUGCCGUAGGAAAAACACACAAAAAAAAAACAAAACAAUACGAAAUCAAAACCAACGUUCCAUGAGCUAAAUGUUCCAAGGUAGAAUCACGCAGUAUGCAUUCGUAAUACAAACCGGAAGGAGAAAACAAACAAACAAACAAAUAAAUCAACAGUGUGCUUAGCAGUACGAAGAGAUUUCAAAACGUAAGCUAACAAGAGCAAGAGAAAGUCUGCAAAACGAAGGCUAAUGAGUGCAAAGCAAGAAAACUUACUGUUUAUCAGUGGAAUGAGAUAAAAAAGAACGGAAUUUGUAUUAUCUAAGUGAAGCUUGUCAAGUCAGAGAAACAAAAAAGAAAAUGAAAAAUGAAACAGAAAAGACAAAAUUUAACCAAAUUUGAGCUCGUAGUGUUCUAGUCUUAGAAAACAACAAACAAACACAAAAAAACAAAAAAAAAAUAAAACAAGCAUAACGAUUAAUAGAACAAUUGAAUCGAUCCAAGAGAAGGAACAUAACAAAGUGAAAAAACAUAUAAGAAAAGCGUUAACCUUCUACAAAAAAAGAAUCUAUACACCCUUUUCACUCUCGUUACUACCACUAAAGUAUAGAACAUCCGGCGUAUCAAACACCAAACCUAAAUACGCUCGGUUCGUUUAGGAUCCUUUUGCGGAACAUCCGUAACGUAUGUCCGAUUUUUCACCAAAUUUUAAGGAAAAAAAAAACAAUAAAUCAAGCACACCUCGUGACACCUUUUGUAGUGAAACAAUCUCUAUUCUACUAACCUCAUGCUAUCCUCUCACUUUUUACUACGAAACAGAAAAAAACAAACCUUCGACAUUUACUCUUAUGCUCUUCUAUCUCAUCCUCUCUAUAUCCUUACACGUAAGUGUUAGUAGAAAGACAAGGAAGACACAAAGGUACUCCCCUAGCACUAACACUGUCGCAGAGUAUUCGGGCAACUUAUAACUAAAGCACGCUCUAUACGCCGUAAGCAAAUUGCUGUCUGAUUGUUAUGGAUAUUUCCAUACCGUUGGAUGGGUAGCAUUUGCCUGAAAAGCAUACAAACAAAAGAAAAAAGUAUAUACCUAAAAAAUUAGAAGGAAAAAAAUACAAAAUUUGUAGAACAGAAAAUUGAAGAAAAAACUAAACCAAACUCAACACCUAUCUAAAGAAAUCCUUAUCGAAUUUGGACGUGUUCAGAAAACAAACCUUCAAAACAACAACACAAUGUAGUGAGACAUUUCCAAAGACUUAGACAGCAACAGUUAGGUAGUGAUCGAUUUUCAUUUCCAGUGUUUUGUACUACUACUACUGCUGCUACUACUUCUACUACUAUUACCACUUCCACUAUUACACAACUGUGCACACUCUGUAUACUGUAUAAGAAAAACCGCCUGGAGAAAACAUCUUUUACCACCUGUUGGACCUUAUCUUUGCUCAAACUCCAAUUCAACAAGUAAAAACAACUCUCUCUCUUUCACUACCCCUAUAUACCGAUUCUAUACCGAUCGUUCAACCAAUAAUCCACAAAGCGGAGGAGAACUGGUUUUACUGGCUCCUUUUCUCUGCAAACGACAUCAACCCUUUAAAGUAAAAAUGUCAAUUUUAGCCUCCUCCCUCCGGUCGAGUAGCAGCAAGUAACAAAAAGGGAAAACCAAACCCCAAAUGCAUAAUCUACACACUCAGCAUUAGCAACAAAACAAAACGCAAGUAAACCACGAAGCACAAAACCACAUCCCACCACCAAAUUAGGCUACGACGGAGCGAACGAGGGAAGAAAGACGAACAAAUUUAUCACUAAAUAUAUAAAUAUACUAACGGACACAACCUGCAAUUAUGUUAGGUUUCUCCCGAAACGAUUUAUCGUCGUUCAAGCGUGUUGAAUGAAUCGAUCGUGCGAUAUUCAAAACAUGCAAAAGAAGUUAACCAAAUAUACUAAAACCUUCAAAACAGGAAACACGUUCCAAACAGCAAACAAAAAACACGCAGACAACCAUUAAAAGAAUAGAUAGGAACAAACAAACGGAUAUGAGCGAAAGAAACGGAAUAAAAACAAGGAGAAGUUAUGAAAAGUGUUUCGAAAUGAUAAUCAAAUGUGUUGACAAAAAUGACAGAAAAAAACACAAAAAAAUAUAUUAAACAAAUAUGUAAGACCAAUGAUGAGAGUCACGUGUUACCGGAGCAUUCGAAUCUAAGGAUGAAAGUGGGAAAAAAGAAGGAAAUGAAAACCGAACAGGAAGACGUGAAAGUGUUUACCGUGCACGAGAAAACUAAAUGGAUUUCAAACUGGCAAAUCAUACACAACAAACACGCACACACACAAAACACAGAGAGAAGCGUUAUGAUAACCCCGCAAGUUAUAGAUUGUAAGGGAGAGCAUAUAUACAAAAUAGGAGGCAUUGUCGAAAAAUAUAUUUUUAAGCAGGAGCUGUAAUUGAGAAAGCAACAAACUACAGAGUAGCUAUAACGGAACACAAACCAGUAACAGUGCUACGUUCCAGCAGGAACAAAACUAUAGAAAACAAUGGGAAAAGCACGAACAUAAAACAAACAACCUAAAGAGAAAGAAAAACAAAA